UGCGGGGAGGGGACGCUUCCCGCGGGUGCGCGGAGCGAGGACGGUGACAGCCACGCGCGCGCGGCCCCGCGACUGCCGUCGGCCGCUGCCGUCUAGGGUUCCCGUCUCCGUGCGUCCCUGGCGGCCCCGGCCCGAGUCCCGGAGAGCCAGAUCGCGUCCGCCCCGUCGCUCCCAGCUCGCGUCUCCUCCCCGCCGCCGUCAGGGCCUGUCCCCCAACUCCCCUUUCCGCCCGGGGCAGGGUCCUCGCGGCCCAUGCUGGCCGCUGGGGACCAGCGCAGCCCAGACCGUUCCCAGGCCGGCCGGCCGGCCACCAUGGUGGCCCUGAGGCCUGUGCGGCUCCUCCAAGGGGGCUAACAGGCCCAGAGCGCAGGCCUUGGGGCGCGAGGGUCCCGAGCCUGAGCCCCGCGCCAUGGCCGGGGCCAUCGCUUCCCGCAUGAGCUUCAGCUCUCUCAAGAGGAAGCAGCCCAAGACGUUCACCGUGCGGAUCGUCACCAUGGACGCCGAGAUGGAGUUCAAUUGCGAGAUGAAGUGGAAAGGGAAGGACCUAUUUGAUUUGGUGUGCCGGACGCUGGGGCUCCGGGAAACCUGGUUCUUUGGACUACAGUACACAAUCAAAGAUACAGUGGCCUGGCUCAAGAUGGACAAGAAGGUGCUGGAUCAUGAUGUUUCAAAGGAAGAACCAGUCACCUUUCACUUCCUGGCCAAAUUUUAUCCUGAGAAUGCUGAAGAGGAGCUGGUUCAGGAGAUCACACAACAUUUAUUCUUCUUGCAGGUAAAGAAGCAGAUUUUAGAUGAGAAGAUCUACUGCCCUCCCGAGGCGUCGGUGCUCCUGGCUUCAUACGCCGUCCAGGCCAAGUAUGGUGAUUACGACCCCUCUGUUCACAAGCGGGGAUUUUUGGCCCAAGAGGAAUUGCUUCCAAAAAGGGUAAUAAAUCUGUAUCAAAUGACUCCGGAAAUGUGGGAGGAGAGAAUUACUGCCUGGUACGCUGAACACCGAGGCCGAGCCAGGGACGAAGCUGAAAUGGAAUAUUUGAAGAUAGCUCAGGACCUGGAAAUGUAUGGCGUGAACUACUUUGCAAUCCGGAAUAAAAAGGGCACAGAGCUGCUGCUUGGAGUGGAUGCUCUGGGGCUUCACAUCUAUGACCCUGAGAACAGGCUGACCCCCAAGAUCUCCUUCCCGUGGAAUGAAAUCCGAAACAUCUCAUACAGUGACAAGGAGUUCACUAUUAAACCACUGGAUAAGAAAAUUGAUGUCUUCAAAUUUAACUCCUCCAAGCUUCGUGUUAAUAAGCUGAUUCUCCAGCUAUGUAUUGGGAACCACGACUUAUUUAUGAGGAGAAGGAAGGCUGAUUCUUUGGAAGUUCAGCAGAUGAAAGCCCAGGCCAGGGAGGAGAAAGCUAGAAAGCAGAUGGAGCGGCAGCGCCUUGCUCGAGAGAAGCAGAUGAGGGAGGAGGCCGAACGCACGAGGGACGAGCUGGAGAGGAGGCUGCUGCAGAUGAAAGAAGAAGCGACAAUGGCCAAUGAAGCCCUGAUGCGGUCUGAGGAGACGGCCGACCUGCUGGCUGAAAAAGCCCAGAUCACCGAGGAGGAGGCGAAGCUCCUGGCACAGAAGGCCGCGGAAGCCGAACAGGAAAUGCAGCGCAUCAAGGCCACAGCCAUUCGGACAGAGGAGGAGAAGCGCUUGAUGGAGCAGAAGGUGCUGGAAGCUGAGGUGCUGGCGCUGAAGAUGGCCGAGGAGUCAGAGAGGAGGGCCAAGGAGGCAGAUCAGCUGAAGCAGGACCUGCAGGAAGCCCGCGAGGCAGAGCGGAGAGCCAAGCAAAAGCUCCUAGAAAUCGCCACUAAGCCCACGUACCCGCCCAUGAACCCGAUUCCAGCACCGUUGCCUCCUGACAUACCAAGCUUCAACCUCAUUGGUGACAGUCUGUCUUUCGACUUCAAGGAUACUGACAUGAAGCGGCUUUCCAUGGAGAUAGAGAAAGAAAAAGUGGAGUAUAUGGAGAAGAGCAAGCAUCUGCAGGAGCAGCUCAACGAACUCAAGACAGAGAUCGAGGCCUUGAAACUGAAAGAGCGGGAGACGGCUUUGGACAUCCUGCACAACGAGAACUCUGACCGGGGUGGCGGCAGCAGCAAGCACAAUACCAUUAAGAAGCCUCAAGCCCAAGGCAGAAGACCUAUCUGCAUUUGAGCCCUCAAACUCACCUUGCAGAGUGCCAAGUCCCGAGUGGCCUUCUUUGAAGAGCUCUAGCAGGUGACCCAGCCACCCCGGAUCUGCCACUUCUGCUGCCCCCAGCACCAGCGGGAUGGGCCGGACACCGUGGGAACCAUCCGUGGGGGGCCGGCUGUGGGCUUCCCUGGGAGCUCCAGAACUUUCCCCAGCUGAGUGGAGAGCCCAACCUCCUUUAUGUGCAAUUGCCUUGAACUAUGACCCUGCAGAGCUUUCUGUCAUGGUGUUCUAGUUCUCCUGACCCGAGUCUCUCUUUGUCUUCCUUUGUCCAAUGUGGGGGUCCCCUACAUCCUUGGCCCAAGGUGCGCGGUGUGCGUCUUCGCGUCCAGUGCUGGCCUCCACAGCCCAGUCUGGGAAGUGCGUAGGGGUGAAGUGCAGGGGCUCUGGGGGCCAGGAGGCUAGUGCCACCACCCUUACUUCACCCAGGGUUCCGGAACGUCCAUCCCCUCCAUGGGUGAGGACCUGCCGUGCAGUGAAGAAGCUCAGCCCGGCUGAGCCCAGGCCCGGAGCGGCCUGCCUGCCUCACGUCGUCGGGGAGCUUGCCCGCAGCUCAUGACGAGCAGAGUGCUGGGUCCCCGCCAGGCACCCCCAAGGUGGCGCUCUGGGUGCCAGCUGGUGGGGAGUAGGCAGGGCAGCUGUGCCCGGGGAGGGAUUUUAGGCAGAAGCUGUGAGGGCGGGCCGGCUGCCAGCCCAGGGGCUGGGAGGCGAGUGGAGCCCCGGAGGGAGCUGACGGUACAGCGCUCUCACCCCCUCCCCCGCCACCCCAAACCCCGAAGCUGAGAGGCAAGUGGGGGCCACAGGGGUCUUUCCUGUCCCCUGGCAGCCUUGGCACCUCCUGCCUGUGGGGGCUGGGCACUCCCCGGUCGUGCUGUAGUCAGCACCCGGCAACCCAGCCCUGACCUCCGAGGCCCCACAGGUACUUCUCUCUGGCCCAGACACCGAGCUACACUGGUGCUGUCUGUGGCACUGAUCUGCAUCGGCCACCCUCCUGGCCAGGUGCCAGCAAGCCCUUCCCAACCCACUGCUGUGCCUGGGCCUCGUCCCCCGGGGUCUCUUUGUUUCCUAUUCCCUCGGGGGCCCAGUGGGGUCCCUUUGUGCCCCUCCCAGCACAAGCCUGAUGCAGCUGUCCACUCGGUGCUCGCACGGGCUGGCACACGACUCCCUCCGUGCCAGGCAGCAGCGGGUCACAGAACCACCCCGGGGGCCACCUUCUUGCCCUUUCUUUUCCCCACGGCUGGUGCUGCUGCUCUGGCCACCUGGAGCCCUUUACAUCCUUCUAGACAGGCCAUUAUGCACAGCAGGUGCUGCGUCUUAACUCGGUGAGAAGACACUUAUUAGCUGAAGACGGAUGAGGGCUGGAGAGUUCCGAGGGCAGCGGUGGUCGCUGGCAGUUCUAGCUGGCCUUGGAAAACUGAGGAGCUCGCGGGGAUCCUGACUUUCCCACUGUCAGGCCGACCCAGCAGGGUCCUUCUCAGGCCACCUUGCCCUGAGGAAGCCAGCCCUGUGUGUCACCCCAGCCCCUGAGGGCAUGCAGGGUGGGACUCCACAUCUGGAACCUGAGUGUGGAUGGUGGUGGCUGGGAGACUGUCCCUGUGUCUUCCUCGCAGGGGAGCGUCCCCAGGAGCCGAAGCCUGAGGCGUCUGUGCAGUGAGGUCUGGCUCACCCAUCCCUGAGUGUCUACACCUGUUACUUUCCUCCUGAUCUAUAAAUUUGUUCUUUAACUAUGGCUGCAGGGCUUAGAAGCAUGAUGGUGGUUUAUAAAAACGAUGUCAGGCUUCGUUUUCUUAUUCCUUAACUGCUGUGUACUUCUGAAGUCCAGAAAUGCCAGGCCACGUGGCCUCAAGGGAGCUGGCUGGUGCCUGAGCUGUGGCAGGAGCACCGGGCCCGGGGAGCAGGCGGGGGGUGUGGGGGGGCCAGCAAGGCCCGUCAGCCAGCGGCACUCGUUCCCCUUGAAGCAAGAGCUAGUGGCACCUCCCCGCAGACGGAUGAGAGGACCGUGGCCUCGGGAAGGUCUUGAGCCCCAGUAGCAGGAGAAAGAGUGAAAAAACUGCUCGGUUUUCAGAGCCUUGUGCCUGUGGCUGAGGUGACCGUGUCCUUGUUAAGUGAACGUUUUCAGAGCCUGGGCGCUUGUCAAGUCAGGAAUCCGUGAAGCCCAUUGCGAGCAGCGCCCUGGCCACGGUUUCUCAUUACGAGCUUCUGAUGGCUCUCGGGCAGAGGCACUGCCACCCUGAAACUGUCCGGGACGGCACUGCCCAGCUCGUGACACUCCAUGGGGCUGUGCUAUUGGCCGGUGGCUACUGGGGACAGACCACCUCAUCCAUCCCGACUGAGGCCCCAUCUCAGCCCCAGCAGCGCCCUGACCUGUGGCAUUUUCCCGAUUAUUCACGUGCCCGCCAGGCCCUGCUAGACAACACCCCGCGGCAUUACGUAACACUUCCUGAGUGACUGUGUCUUGUAAUCUUGGGGACAGGUUUCUCUCUCUCCCUUUCUUUUCUUUUCCAAAAGUCCAGAGGCUGACAACCGGGAGGGUUACUAAGUGUUGCUCGCUGACAGGCUGGGGCCUCGCAGCCCGGGAGGGGCAGUGCUGGCGGGAGACAGCCCUUCCCAGUCGCCCUGGGGCCACGGCGGCCCUCGUGGGCUUUCAGGGAAGCACCAUCCGUUUUCAAAGCUGUCAGAGAUGUCAAACGGCACUUCGUCCUGUGGGGCCUGAGUCCCACCUCCUGUCAGGGCCAGACGGUGGAAGGCUCUUUUCUGCUCUGGGGGACUGUUGUAAUUUAAAUGAUCAUUUUAAUAAAAAUUCUAA